GGCUUGAAAGUAGCGGCCUGGGAGGAAGGAAGGAAGGAACGAGGGAGGGACGGGAACCCCGGAGGAGGAGCAGUGAGCCGGUCUGCACAGUCGGUGGCUGGAGGAGCCGCCCGCACGAGGCCACGUUUGUUUUUGUUAUUUUCCACAGGAGUAGUUCCCCGGGACCGAGCGGGCCGCAGCCCGGCACCCCUGACCUUCCAGGUGACAGCCGGUCACCCUGCUAGGAGUCAGCUCCGCCCCGAGUCACCCCUUCCCGCCCACAGCCCCGCUCUCCGCCCAGCCUUCCAGCGCCAGCGCUGGGCCAGCGCGCCGGCCGCAGCGGGCUGCGGGAGCGGGAGAGCGCGGCUGCCGUGGUCCCCGAGCCCGGGCGGCGGGAGGACGGGCCGAGCCCCCGGGCGCGAGCUCUCGGGAGGGGGCUGCGCGCGUGAGCCCCGGUCUCCCGCCUGUCCGCCGAGCCGCAGCCGGAGCCUCGCCCGGGGAAGUGUCGCAUGGGGCAGGGCCGCUGAAGCACGGACUUGCAGGGCUGGUGGCACCGAGGCAGGCGCGGGGCCUGGGGCGGCAGUUAGCAGUGUCCUCGGAGCCUGCAGAGUGAGAGUCGGGGGCGCGGUGCCCUCGCUGGGCGCGAGUUAUGGAGUCGCCUAGCUGCAUUCAGGAUGAGCCGUUCCCGCACCCCCUGGAGCCCGAGCCGGGUCCCCAAGCGCAGCCAGGUGCCACCAAGCCGGGCGACAAGCGCUUCCGGCUGUGGUACGUGGGAGGGUCGUGCUUGGAUCGCAGGACCACGCUGCCCAUGCUACCCUGGCUCAUGGCCGAGAUCCGCCGGCGCAGCCAGAAGCCCGAGGCGGGCGGCUGCGGGGCGCCCCCGGCCCGCGAGGUGCUCCUGGUGCUCAGCGCGCCCUUCCUGCGCUGCGUCCCCGCGCCGGGGGCCGGGGUCGGCGGGGGCGCCGGCUCCGGGGCCGUGCAGCCCAGCACCGGGGUGUUCAUCUUCGAGCACAAGGCUCAGCACAUCUCGCGUUUCAUCCACAACAGUCACGACCUCACCUACUUCGCCUACCUGAUUAAGGCGCAGCCCGACGACCCCGAGUCCCAGAUGGCCUGCCACGUUUUCCGCGCCACCGACCCCAACCAGGUCCCCGACGUGAUCAGCAGCAUCAGGCAGUUAUCCAAGGCUGCCAUGAAGGAGGACUCCAAACCCAGCAAAGACAAUGAGGACGCCUUCUACAACUCUCAGAAGUUCGAGGUGCUGUACUGUGGUAGGGUGAUCGUGACCCACAAGAAGGCACCCUCUAGCCUCAUUGACGACUGCAAGGAGAAGUUCAGCCUGCACGAGCAGCAGCGUCUCAGGCUGCAGGGCGAGAGAGGAGGAGACCCCGGGGACGAGGUGGGCGUCUUUGAGGCUGAGUCGCCUGUGUCCCCAGACGACAGCCUGCCUGAGAAGGCAGAUGGUACACUCAACAGCCACCGUGCCCUGCCCUCCCUGGCUAGCCAACCCACCCUGGCCGGCUCACGGGUUUGCUUCCCGGAGAGGAUUUUGGAAGACUGUGGCUUUGAUGAGCAGCAAGAGUUCCGCUCUCGGUGCAGCAGCGUCACCGCCGUCAUGCAAAAGAAGGUUCAUGAGAACAGCCAGAAAACACAGCCAAGGAGGAGGCACGCAAGCGCGCCCAGUCACGUGCAGCCCUCAGAUUCGGAGAAGAACAGGACCAUGCUCUUCCAGGUCGGCCGCUUUGAGAUCAACCUCAUCAGUCCAGACACUAAAUCAGUUGUGCUAGAGAAGAAUUUCAAAGAUAUAUCCUCUUGUUCUCAGGGAAUAAAGCAUGUUGAUCACUUCGGCUUUAUCUGUCGGGAGUCUCCGGAGCCGGGGCUGAGCCAGUACAUCUGUUACGUGUUCCAGUGUGCCAACGAAUCUCUGGUGGAUGAGGUCAUGCUGACUCUGAAGCAAGCUUUCAGCACGGCUGCUGCGCUGCAGAGUGCCAAGACACAGAUCAAGCUGUGCGAGGCCUGCCCCAUGCACUCUUUGCAUAAGCUCUGUGAGAGGAUCGAAGGUCUCUACCCACCAAGAGCCAAGCUGGUAAUCCAGCGGCAUCUCUCCUCCCUAACCGACAAUGAGCAAGCGGACAUCUUUGAACGAGUUCAGAAAAUGAAACCCAUCAGCGACCAGGAGGAGAAUGAACUUGUGAUUCUGCACCUCAGGCAGCUCUGUGAAGCCAAGCAGAAGACUCAUGUGCACAUCGGCGAAGGGCCGGCGAUUAUUUCAAAUAGUACAAUCCCAGAAAAUUCAACAAGUGGUGGGAGGUUCAAGCUUGACAUUCUGAAAAACAAAGCGAAGAGGUCCUUAACUUCCUCCUUGGAAAAUAUCUUCUCUAGGGGAGCUAACAGAAUGAGAGGUCGACUUGGAAGUGUGGACAGCUUUGAACGGUCCAACAGUCUUGCUUCAGAGAAGGACUUCUCUCCGGGGGACUCUCCUCCUGGGACACCGCCAGCCUCCCCGCUGUCCUCUGCCUGGCACGCCUUCCCAGAGGAGGAUUCGGACUCGCCGCAGUUCCGAAGACGGGCUCACACGUUCAGCCACCCACCUUCAAGUUCAAGGAGAAAGCUGAACUUGCAAGAUGGGAAGGCGCAUGGCCCACGGUCCCCUCUACUGAGGCAGGGCUCCAGUGAGCAAUGCAGUGAUGGAGAAGGCAGAAAAAGGACCUCAUCCACCUGCAGCAAUGAGUCCCUAAAUGCUGGCGGAACCCCUGUCACUCCUCGCAGGAUCUCCUGGAGGCAGCGUAUUUUCCUCCGGGUGGCAUCUCCGGUGAACAAGUCCCCCUCAGCAAUGCAGCAAAAAGAUGGGCUUGACAGGACUGAACUGCUCCCACUGUCCCCUCUCACUCCCACCAUGGAGGAAGAGCCGCUCGUCAUAUUCUUGUCUGGUGAUGAGGACACAGAAAAAGUGGAAGAAAAAAAGAAAUCAAAGGAACUAAAGAGUCUGUGGAAAAAAGCUAUACACCAGCAAAUCCUGUUACUUCGAAUGGAGAAAGAAAACCAGAAACUGGAAGCAAGAAGAGAUGAACUCCAGUCUAGAAAAGUUAAGUUAGACUAUGAAGAAGUUGGUACAUGUCAGAAGGAAGUCUUAAUAACAUGGGACAAGAAGUUGUUAAAUUGCAGAACUAAAAUCAGGUGCGACAUGGAGGACAUUCACACAUCCCUUAAAGAAGGGGUCCCUAAAAGUCGGCGAGGGGAAAUUUGGCAAUUUCUGGCAUUACAGUACCGCCUGCGACACCGAUUGCCCAACAAACACCAGCCUCCAGACACCUCCUAUAAGGAACUUCUGAAGCAGCUCACUGCUCAGCAGCAUGCCAUCCUUGUGGAUUUGGGAAGGACAUUUCCCACUCACCCUUACUUUUCAGUACAGCUUGGGGCCGGGCAGCUGUCACUCUUUAACCUGCUGAAAGCCUACUCUUUGCUGGACAAAGAGGUGGGCUACUGUCAGGGGAUCAGCUUUGUGGCUGGAGUCCUGCUUCUGCACAUGAGUGAAGAGCAAGCCUUUGAAAUGCUGAAGUUCCUCAUGUACGACCUGGGCUUCCGCAAGCAGUACCGACCGGAUAUGAUGUCACUUCAGAUCCAGAUGUACCAGCUCUCCAGACUCCUUCAUGACUACCACCGAGAACUCUACAAUCAUCUUGAGGAAAAUGAGAUCAGCCCCAGUCUGUAUGCUGCGCCCUGGUUCCUCACACUCUUUGCCUCUCAGUUUCCCUUAGGAUUCGUAGCCAGAGUGUUUGAUAUUAUUUUUCUUCAAGGAACUGAAGUUAUAUUUAAGGUUGCUCUCAGCUUACUGAGCAGCCAGGAGGCACUUAUAAUGGAGUGUGAAAACUUUGAAAAUAUUGUUGAAUUUCUCAAAAGCACAUUACCUGAUAUGAAUACCAGUGAAAUGGAAAAAAUUAUUACCCAGGUUUUUGAGAUGGAUAUUUCCAAACAGUUACAUGCCUAUGAGGUAGAAUAUCACGUGCUGCAGGAUGAGCUUCUGGAAUCUUCCUAUACCUGUGAGGAUAACGAAUGUCUGGAGAAGCUAGAGAGAGCCAACAACCAACUGAAAAGACAGAACAUGGACCUUUUAGAGAAACUCCAGGUGGCUCAUGCUAAAAUCCAGGCCUUGGAAUCCAACUUAGAAACUCUUUUGACCAGAGAGACCAAAAUGAAGGCUUUAGUGCGGACCCUGGAACAAGAUAAAAUGGCUUAUCAAAAGACAGUGGAACAAAUCCGGAAGCUGCUACCAGCAGAUGCGCUGGCCAAGUGUGAAUUGCUGCUGAGAGAACUAACUUACCCCACUAACGACAAAGCCAAGGCAGGAAAUAAGCCAUAGUUUUAGAUGUGGCCUCAGCAGAGACCUUCCUUAUAAUACCCAGAAGGAGGCCCGUGUGGUCUGGUCUGAGGUUGACCAGAAAGCUUGUGGGCCAGCUACUGCUGGUGCUGAGAUCACCAGUAGGUGAUGUAGCCUUCCUCAGCGUUAUGCUGCUCUUAAGCCAUCACAGACAUCCAGACAGUAUUUUCUUCUGGUUGUUGCCAACUAUGUACACAAAUAUAUAUAAGUGGACAUAAAGAUUCAUUAUUUCAAAUUGGAGCAAUUUUUCUUUUUCAGUCAGAACUUCAUGAAACCCACACCAAACCAAAGGGAAGUUCAAGUGAGAUUUCCCUUGGGCACACAUGAAAUCCUUUUGUUUUUCUAGUGAAACGAAUCUAGAACAUCUUUGUAUAUUGAAAUAUACUUGAAAAACAAUGAAUGUAUCCCCCCAGUCCCCACCAAAGACUAGCAUGUUUCACUCAGUGUGGUGGGCAGACACAUUUCCGUAGCUUUCUAGGUCUGUGUCUAUGUAGCGGAUUUGACUGGCUGCCAAUCUCGCCUCUGUGAGUCCCUUAGGAAGGUGGGGCUCUGCCUGCUGUGUGACAUCCAGUGUGUUGAGUCUUCAUGUAUCUUGAUUCUGGUUAGGCUUUGCUCUAGAUGCACACAGGGAGAAAGCCAGAGUCCACCCACCUCAAGAUGAAGAUGGAUGUUGCUAGUUUUCUAGCAGAUUAGACCAGCAUUGAUACUCAAACUGAAAAUAUCGGGGCUCAAAAACACAAUUAAGCUCAUACAUUGUCUAGAGUUGCUUUCACCUUCUUAUUUAAGUGACUUCUACAGUGGCAGUCAGUUGCUUGGUGCUGUACUUGCCAAGUGACUAGUUGGCUAUUUUCUCACAAAAUUAUGGGAGCCUUCCAUGUAGUUCUUGUGACCUUCAGUCUAGAAUAGGGAAAUAAAAUUAGGAUUGCUUUUCCAAAGAUGAUAUACCAUGUUGAGUUGCUUUUUUUUAAAAAAAAAAAAUUGCUCAAUAGCAGAACACAUUCUUAAUCAUUUUCCCCUGUCAUGUGAAAAUUUAGAACUGUGAAAUAUUUAGGAACAAACUGUGUAAAGCAUACUGGAAGGGAAAGGAAAUGUGUCCAACCCAGUUAAAAACCUACAAUUCUGUAUUUAGACUCCUGGCUUCUGCCACCUACAGAUAGCUUUUUAGAGAAUGUUCAUGCAUGCUGGGUGCAUGGAUGGAAAGUAGUUUUCCCAGUACCUGUUCAGUCCCUGAAGCAGAGAUGAUUUUUACAAUAGUGCCUCUGAACAUUAAUGCAGAAUUUUUUACCUUUCCAAAGUGUUUACUGCUGUUGCUUUUUGAAGUCCUUGUCUUUUUGCAGAUGGGUAUAUUGGGGGUGAUUUUCCUCAAAGAGAGUUUAUUAUAUACAAGAUGAAAUUUUAUAUAGUGCUCAUGAGUUAAGGUGUAAGGAUUUCUGAAGACAUUGAUAAACAGAUGCCAAGCAUCUAGGCUGUUCCCCACUUGAAUGUCACAGGUCUCAGGGCAUCAGAGUGUCCUUGGGUCUAGGGGGUUUUCUCCAAAAACAAAAAAGUCUUAAUAUCCAAGAGGGUUGAUGUAGCUUAUAGACUCCAGGAAGUGCUCGUUCUUGAGUCUUCAUUCGGUGGAGGGCCAUUAGCUGAUCUGUUUCUUUGAUCUUGUGAAAGUUUCUUCAUUUGUAGUAUCUUCUGUUCUCCUCCAGGACGAAGCAGAGUUCAGUAUUACUGACUGAUGAUAGAAAUUGCCUGUGGGUGUGAUACCCAGGUGGUGGCUGUGGGCUCUUUGGAGGGAAAUAUUUUCUUUCUAUUUCUCCUUUAAAAAUAAGCUAUGUUCUGGACACCCAGAGUCAGCACUAUGGCCUGGGUUAUGGUAUUCAGUGAUUAAGACAAGGUUGAUACAGUAUUUUCUUGUGAAAAUGAUUUUUCUUUCUCAUUUGUGAUUUUAAGAAAUGCUAGACCAGUUUUGCUUUGUCAUUUUACAUCUUCAUCAGGUUCAUGCCACGCCUAGUUUAUCUCCAAUAAAUGUGUUGCCGCCA